AAAUGAUAAAAAGCCUUUUUUGAAAACCAAAAUCCAUUAACAUCUCAGCCGUUCCCUUGCCCUCCAAGUUUAUCCAACUCCCUCUCUAUACCUCCUCCUCCGUUCGCCGUCGAUACCUAUUCCGGCAUGGCCGCCGCUUUAGAGAACGGUACCGUUGAUAUUUCUACUGAAGCUGUGGUGGUCGAUGAUGACGUCAAGUUCGGAUUCCAAAGGCAGGAGAUGUACACCGAGAAUCUCUCCGGAUCAGUCCAUCCUUACGAACGUCACGUUUUCCUUUGCUACAAGACUCGCGAAGACUGGCCUGCUCGUGUUGAAUCCUCCGACUCGGAUCUGCUCCCUAAGCGACUUGCUGGAGCUAUCAAGGAGCGCAAGAACGAUAUCGCUGUUAAGACUCUGAUGACGAUAUUCGAGGGCGGUGCUGCUACUGGUUUGUCAGAUGGAGAUGUUUUGAUUUUUCCUGAUAUGAUCAAGUACAGGGGUUUGGAAGAAUCAAACGUUGAUAGUUUUGUGGAGGAAGUGAUUGUGAAUGGAAAACCAUGGGCUUCAGGAACACCGGAGGUAGUGACAGGUUCAUACGUAUUUGUGUGUGCUCAUAGCAGUCGAGAUAAAAGAUGUGGUGUUUGUGGGCCAGCUUUAAUUGAAAAGUUCAAUGAAGAGAUUGAAGUUAGGGCAUUGAAGGAUCAGGUGUUUGUGAGUGCUUGCUCACAUGUUGGAGGACAUAAGUAUGCAGGGAACUUGAUAAUAUAUAGUUCAGUUGAAGAUGGAAAAGUGUCUGGACAUUGGUAUGGUUAUGUUACCCCAAAUGAUGUGGCUGAAUUGCUUGACCAACAUAUCAAGAAGGGUGAGAUCAUUGAAAGGAUUUGGAGGGGUGAAAUGGGUGUUCCUCCAGUUGAGAAAGCUGACAAGGCAGUUGAAAAGUCACUACCAAAUGGAAAUGAUUCAAAGGUGAAUGGGAAAGAUGAUGAGAAGGAAAACACUGGAGGCUGUUGUCAAGGUGCUAAUGGGUUCUCAUGCUGCAGAGAUGAAAGCUCAGGGCCAAAAAAGUCAACUUUUAAUGUUAAUUUUUUUACAAAAAAAUGGGAGCAGCAUGAGAUGUUUACAGCUGCUGCUGUAGUUGGAGCGGUUGCAACUGUUGCUGUGGCUUAUAGCCUUUAUAAAAGGUCACGUUGAGGUUAGAAACUUAGAAUUAAGUAUCUUAAUCAACAUACACAAAAAAAAAGAGUUAAAAAGUCUACGUGGUUUAUUACAUACAGAAACCUAAUAUUUGGUUUUGGUAUUAUAUUACUUUACAUUACAAUAUAUACCCUGUUUGUAAGGGUGGGAACUACUACUAGCAUCUGUGUGGUAUUUUGAUGAUCCUGUUUUGCUAGUUUUGUUUUCAACCUCUUGAUGAUACCAAGCUACACAAGUUGUAUGACUAUGAAUGAAUAAAUGGUAUACGGAUAUUAAAGAGGGGUUUCCGAGAUGA